GCUCAUUAUAACUUGAAACUGAGCUGACACUCGGAAUCAGAAGCAGCAUCUGAGAUGACGAAAGCAGUUUUACUGCUUACCAUUUUAUUGCAACUGCGAUGGGCCCGUAGUUUCGAUAGCCACAGUCGCUUCGAAUUUGCUGCAAACUUUUUCAAAACAACUACAACAGGCCAGCCAUAUGAAAAUCUCAUCGUUUCUCCAGUAUCGGUGCAGGCCUGCCUAGCGAUGACGUACCUGGGCGCGGUUGGUCAAACUGCAGCUGAGAUGCGAAAAGUGCUCGCUUUGGAAAAUUUCCCCAGCAAAGAGCAUGUGGCUUAUGAUUUUUGGGAAUUCCUGCAAGAAACCGUCAAGUCACCACAAAGUAAACUCGAAAUGGCUAAUCGCAUUUAUAUAGACAACCGCCUACAAUUGCUGCCGGCUUACAAUGAGCUCAUCAAUCUAUAUUUUCAAACGACAGUGGCACCUGUGAACUUCACGAGCCGGGAAAAAACAGUGCGCAAUAUUAAUGAGUGGGUCAAGAGAGAGACUCAUGGGAAAAUACAAAGUGUAAUUAGCCCAGCUGAGUUGACAAGCGACACAAGAAUGGUGUUGGCGAGUGCUAUCUACUUUAAAGCUGAGUGGUUGUACCCCUUCGAUCCAAAAGUCACAAUUCCAAGAGAUUUUAAUUUAAAUUCGGUAGAGAAAAUAAAGGUGCCGAUGAUGUAUCGGACGGAUGUGAAGAUACGCUACGGUGAGAUAACCGAGCUCGAUCUGGUGGCCGCCGAGUUACCUUACAAAGGCACAGCACUGCGUAUGUUAAUACUAAUGCCUAAUCAGUUGGAUGAUGGAGUGUCGAGAUUAGAGCGGGUGCUCAGUGCUAGCACAUUACAAUAUGUGCAGCGUUCGCUGAGCGAAGUGAAAUUGGAUAUAGUGAUGCCAAAGUUCAGAAUUGAAUCGGAUUUGAGGUUGAUUGAGUCGCUGAAGGCGAUGGGUUUAAAUUCAAUAUUUUAUGAUGCUGAGCUUACCGAUAUGGUAUCUGGAGAAGCGGUGAGACCACUUCGUGUGUCAGAGGUCAAACAUAAAGCCUAUAUAUCUGUGGAUGAGAGGGGCUCUGAGGCAUCGGGUGCCAUAUACUCGCAAAUAUUAGAGAAGUCAGGGCGUUUCUUCGAGCCUAACUUGAACAUCGAUCGGCCUUUUGUGUUUGCCAUAAUGGACGAUAAAGCAGUCUACUUCAUCGGUCAUGUGCUGAAAUUCUAAAAUGAUUUAUUGCUUUGAACGCGUUGAAAUGGCGCCAACUGCAUACUGAGCGACUGUUGUGGUCUAGUCAAAGCGAAAAUUUAAAAUUUCACGCCGAACAAUAUUCCCUAGCAUGGUGAUCUAACUCGCAUAACAAAUGAGCGAACAGAGAAUUAUAAAAUAAAAAAAUUAAGA